AUGCUCACUCACGCCAGCACUCAGUUAGGCUGCUCAUUCCUUGGGUGCCGCCAUAGCAAGCCUGGGCCAGCCGCAGGAAUUUGGGCAGAACAGCUUCUCAACCGCAGAGGGAAGCUCCUGCCCCUGAAGAAGGGUGCGGAGGGCGCAGAGCCGGGGCAGAAGCAGCAGCUGAGCUUUCUGCUACCGCUACCAGCAAGGGGCCGGGAAAGUGGGGCCAGCGCUGCUUCUGGGAAGGGCGACCUUCAGCCGCAGCUGCUGGCCCCUCAUCUUCACCCGCUCUCCUGGCUUUCCGAUGCAGGAAGCGCAAGUCUACCUGUUCUGUCACCUUUGGAAAUUUUCUGUUUGGCCCUGGCACUGAGCCUCUGCUGCCUGCCAGGAGUAUUCAACACUGAAUCACGCGGGGUCGUUUUCACAUUCGCACAAGGGGAGCAGCCUGGCCUCCCCGCCCCGCCCCGCACGUUAAACAGCCCGUUGCCACAACAGAACGGCACCGACAACGGGCGCCUGGCGGAGUCUCGCUCCCAGUCAAAAUCUCCAGCUGGGAGUCCUGCUCGUGUAAAAUCGGAGAGCAGGUCAGGAUCUCGCAGUCCAUCGAGGGCUUCCAAACAUUCUGAAUCGCACUCUAGGUCAAGAUCAAAAUCGAGAUCCAGGUCCAGAAGACAUUCGCACAGACGUUACACUCGUUCCAGAUCCCAUUCCCAUUCUCAUUCCCAUAGGAGACGUUCUCGAAGCAGAUCGUACACACCAGAAUACCGCCGUCGAAGGAGCCGUAGUCAUUCUCCAAUGUCCAACAGGAGAAGGCACACUGGCAGCAGAGCUAAUCCAGAUCCUAAUACAUGUCUUGGAGUGUUUGGUCUCAGUUUGUAUACUACUGAGAGGGAUUUACGUGAAGUCUUUUCCCGUUACGGACCUUUGACUGGUGUCAAUGUGGUUUAUGAUCAACGGACUGGAAGAUCAAGAGGAUUUGCUUUCGUUUAUUUUGAGAGAAUCGAUGAUUCUAAAGAGGCAAUGGAGCAUGCAAAUGGUAUGGAGCUGGAUGGCAGGAGGAUUCGGGUGGAUUACUCAAUCACCAAGAGGGCACAUACACCCACCCCAGGCAUCUACAUGGGCAGGCCAACACACAGCGGAGGAGGUGGUGGUGGUGGAGCAGGUCGUCGCCGUGACUCAUAUUAUGAUAGGGGUUAUGACAGAGGAUAUGACAGAUACGAAGAAUAUGACUACAGAUACAGGAGACGAUCACCAUCGCCUUAUUAUAGUCGAUACCGAUCACGAUCAAGAUCCCGUUCCUAUAGUCCAAGGCGCUACUGAAGAUCAGAAGAGUUACGGUUGAGGACAUGAUUUUUAAAUACCAAGUUCAGAUCUUAGCUUCCCUACUGCUUUCCCUCCUAUCCUCCCUUCCUUGUCCUCCAUCCGGCUCUUUUACAAAUCUUUGGUUCAUUUAGAAUAUACGUAUUUUCGGUUGAAGUAUUCCUGUUUUCCAUCCCUCCUUAUUGUAAUACUCUUAAAUAUUGUAAUUGUUGUAGUUUUUGUGUAGUAAAACAUCUUAAGUAAAAUGAAAUAGAGAACCCAAAGUGCUGAUAUGUUUUGGAAGUCAUUCCUAUUUUGUUUUUAAAACAACUGGACUCCUGACUAAUCAGAAGAGAGCAUUGAUAUUUUUAAAGCUUGCAUGUCAUAUGUAAUAUACACACUCAGAUACUUUAAUAUAAACCUGCAUUUCCAAGUAACUCGUUAAUCUUUCUGUUAAAAUGUUUACCUCUUACUUUGAUAAACAAGUAAUGACUUUGAGCCUUUUCUGUAAUGACAAAUUUACUUAGUCAUGAACCAGAGGACUUUUUUUAUUUUUGUCAGGUAGUUGCUUUGAGUGUAGACUGUCUGAGCUAGAGCAAAAUUUGGUAUUUGACUGACUGGGAAGAUAGAUCCUUGUACACUCAAAACUAAGGUUGUGUUUUAUAAAUAAAGUUUCAGGAUUGCUACACAGUGGAUAACAUUGGAAGUUAAAACUGUAAAAAAAAAAAAAAAAAAAACCUGAGGGUUUUAUUGUACUUGGUUGAAUAUUUCCCCUCCAUUGGUGCAGGAGAAAAAAUAUUUAUUGAACAUAGCAAUUAGUUAUAUAAUUUGCUGUUCAUUUAAAAAAAAAAAAAAAAAAAA